CAAAAUUCGGCUGGGUUGCACAUGCGAAAACAAACCGCAAAUUUUCGCUAAAUAAUACAUAAACCCCUAAAAGGCGUCUCGAAUUAACUCAAUCAAGCUGUAAAAUGGAUCUAGAGCUCAGGAAAGCAUUUCUUGAGAUGCAGGUGAAUAAGAUUGAAUCCACAAAGAAGAUUCAUCUUCUAGAUAUGAAAACGGAUAGCUUGAAGCUGUCGAAACAGCGUGUCGAGGUAACAAAUAGACACAUUUCCGGGCUUGCUCCAGAUACUAGGGUGUAUGCAUCAGUGGGGCGCAUGUACGUUUUGAACGAUGUUUCUUCGCUCACCAGCCAACUUAAAGCUAACCAGGCGUCCUAUGAAGAAAUGAUCGGCCAAUGCGAGAAAAAUAAAGACUUCCUAAUAAAAAACCUCAAGGAGCAGGAAGAGAGUCUCCGUGAACUGGUGCAACAGAAGAAGGCAGAGACACCGGAUAUGAAUGGAAAAUCGACAGAUUAAACAUAGAGUGCUUAAUUCGCCUAUGAGCAACACAUUUAUUACGCGAUUAUUUUUCUUUAUUAAAGAAGCUAUCUAAA